CCCUGGAAACACUACGGGAACGUAUAAUACGACUAUCCCCUCGAAGCAUACUCGCCUCUCGCCCGUCUGCUUCUCACUAUUCCCGAAAGGCUUAUGAACCACACCGGUCGACGAAUGAUAUUGGAGUGCUCUGAGGCAAAAGAUCCUCUUGCUACACUCACCAUAUUGGGUUGUGUGCGUGCCAGGGAAAAAUGGGCACUGGAUAUUCCCAAAAUAGAUAUUGCUAGCGCCAGACGCCAUCUCCAAACUCUUGCCUACGAGGACCAAAAUCCAGAUGCCAUGAUCCUCGUCGGCUUAGAUCUAAGGGCAAAAAGAAAUGAUGCAGCAGCUCGUGUGCUUUUUGAAAAAGCUAUGCGCAAAGUAUCUGAGGGUGAGAUGCUGGAUGUAAACUCUGGGACAACAGGUGAUAAGCUGCCAUUUAAGGUUGAUAAUGUCCGCGGCCACGACCUUCUGCCCAUUCCUGCUCCCUGGAUUGCUCUCGGCAAUCUGCUCCUGGAACAGGCCGAACCGGACCUCGAGGCUGCCAAGGCUGUUUUCUAUACUGGAGCUACGAAAGCCGAUGACCCGCUAGCGUACUUCUAUCUCGCCGAGUGUGGCGACAUGUACUCGGAUGAGUGGCUCGAGUACAUGACCAAGGCAGCUUCCUCUGGGCAUCCUGAUGCAAUGUUCCACAUGGGCAACUUCUACGCGCAAAGCAAGCAGGAAGCAACCCAAUCAGUGGGACUAACGGGACACCGGCAUUUGAAGGCGAUAGACUCCUUUAAGUCGUGGAAAUCAGGGCCAGGUUUGACGGCAAGGUUACCAGGGCUACCCGAUGACUUACCACUCUCCGGGCGAGAAGCAAUGGCAUUCGAGUGGUACUUCUUGGGGUUUGUGGAUGCACAUAGGUCGGCGACCCUCGGGUUAGCACGAUUGCUUCGUAGGAAAUCCGCAUGGUGGGCUGCCGUUGAAGUUCUUAAGGAGAUUCUUGAAGACAGAGACAAGGACGAGGAGAACACGGUAGCGAAAAGAGAGGCACUAGAAUUGACUAAAGUAUGGCAAGACGAGGAGAAAAAAGAGGGACUGACGUUCACGAAGGACGUGUUAGCCGCUGUUGACAGCAAAAAACGCUGAGGUGCCGCCUAGCUUCCGGAAUAAAUCUGGGGAUAAGCCGCGCAGUUGUGCGCUGUACUGUAUUGUUGUACUAUAGUAGAUAAUACCUGUAGACAUUAUAUGUAUCAUUGGCCCAAAGCUUCAUUUGUCGGCCAGUCCUGCAAUUGAGAUAUGCAACGUCC